AUGUCUUCAAUGCAUCAUUACCACCCACUUCAAAACCACUACGUUCUUACUCAAAUAUUCAAAUACCUCACCGAACAACGCGUUUUAUAUAGCUGUGUUCAAGUAUCUUCACACUGGUAUGCCUCCGCUGCACCAUUCCUCUACCGCCGCCCUAUUCCAAAGAAACUUCACAAGUUCAUUAAUACCAUAGCGGACGCUGCUCAGCACAGGACUCUCCUUCCUUACAAUCUCAUGGUUUGUGAAUGGAUACUUGCAGACAAGCCAAAUGCGCUUUUCAUGUCUCAGUGUUGCUCGAAUGUACGGUAUAUAUGCUUCAGUAAACAUGUCUUUAUAGACGAGAGCCUGACUGAAAAGUUACUAAAAAAUUGGCGUCGCUUGAGAUCUAUCGUUUUGCAAAAGAAUGCUACGGACGAGACGCUAUCUCUAAUUGCGCAACAUUCACAAUCGAUAGAAUCAAUUGAAAUUCAUGGGUGUCUAGUAACUGACAAUGGAAUACGCACUCUUUUGUCUCAUUGCCAUGCAAUAAACAGUAUAACAAUCGUCAAAUGCCCUUCCAUCACCGACAAGACUCUCAACGCACUAUCAUCUGCUCCAUGCACGUCCAUUCUUCAGACACUGAACAUCAACGAGUGCCAGUUCACCGAUAGUGGCUUCGCAGCGGUUUCUCUCUUCCCAACGUUGCACAGACUUUCUUUGCAGGCACUCAAAAUAAACUCGGGUCUGCUACAUCUGGCCAAGAGCGUUCCUCAAUUGGAAGAACUGACGUUUCGUAACAUGCCAAAGCUCACGGAUAAUGUUGUUGCUACAUUCGGGAAAACGUGUAGGGAAUUGAAGAGGUUGAAGUUGUAUCAAUGUAAAGAAAUCAAUGGAGUGGGAGUGAAAGAGUGUAAAACAAUAGUCGAGCUGAGUUAUUUUGCAGCCAACAUGGAGUUUGGUGAGCUGGAGGGGAUAUGUGACGGAUGUAGGAAGAUUGAGAAAUUGACUAUUGAUGCUAAACUACAUGAUGUUGGGAACGAUGAGGAUAUUAUCUGCGCCAUAAGCCAGCUAAAGGAAUUAAAGGCUCUUGGGUUGUAUUCUGGAAGUCUCAUUAGUCCGUUGGAUAAAUUAAAAUUACAAAAGGAAUGUCCCAACUUACAAAAAAUCAAUUGA